AUGGGCAACAACGUGUUGAUAGUUGGGCCUCCUAUGACCGGGAAAGUCGCAAUUGCGCAAUUGAUCACCAAAGACCUCGACUCCUCCACCAUUUCCUCCGAUUCCCACAGCGGUUUGGUGUACAAACAUACUGUCACCACCAAGUACUUCAAAGCCGAGGUGAACAUUCUCAUCGAGGAGUAUCCCGAUAAGAGAACCCCAGAAACUACCCCCGAGCAACUUCUCGCUGAUCUCGACUCGUUCCGCAAGGAGUUUAGCAAGGAUGAGUACAAAACACUCAGAGACGAGUUGGAGGGCAUUCUUUUCACGUUGAACUUGGAGCAGUGGAAGGGGAAGGAUUUGCAGCAUGCCCUUGAUCUGUUUGAGUCAAUUCGGAACUUGUUCGAUGAGCAUGACCUCUUCUAUGCGGUGGUAGGCAACGGCAAGAACUUGACCCAGGAGGAGUUGGACGAGGUGGAAGACGAGGCGGUGCAGUUCGGGUUCGAGUUUGUGGACACGGGACUCAGCGGCGAAAACGAGUACCGCGAGAAGAUUGGACAGGACAGACUUGUGGACUUGUUUGAGUGCCAUGAGUGGUCCGAUAUCGUCAGCGACCCCGCACGGAACUUGCAGCCUGACGAUGCAAGCCAAAUGGGUGAGAGUCUUUUGGGUGAGAAACAGGUUGCACUUGACGAGUUGCUUGAGAAGGUCAAGUCGCAGCGCGAGAAGGUAAAGGAUCUUGAGCCAGCAGAGAAACAACAAGUGGUUCAGGCUUUUGUCAAUGACAUCAUGGAGCACAUCUAG